AUGCCGCAGGCGCUCGCCCGCGUCGCCGUCUCUGGGCUCGGGGCCGGGGCUACCCUCGACCCCGACUCCCGUCGCCCCGCCGCGCGGCGCACCCCGGGACCUUCGCGCGCCCGGUCGUCCCGCGCGGGAUCUUCCGUCGUCGUCCACGCGUCGGGCGACGGCGCCGCGCACUCGGGCAUUGUCGAAGAAUCCGUCGUGCACGGCUCCAGCCUCGCGUCCGUGGGCAUCUCCACGCGCAAGAAGUCGGUCAUCUCCGAGCCCCGCAUCGGAACGGAUCCCCGCCCGCUGAGCGAGCGCAUCGGCAUCCAGGGGGUGCACCACGUCGCAGUCAUCGUGCGCGAUCUCGCCGUCUCCAUGGAGUUCUACCGGGAUUUCCUCGGCCUGCCCGUGAACCCCGACAGGCCGAACGAUAAGCUCCCGUACGACGGCGCGUGGCUGAUGAUGGGUCCGGAGAUGGUCCACCUGAUGGAGCUGCCGAACCCGGAUCCGACGGACGCCGAGUUCAGGCCCGCGCACGGGGGCAAGGAUCGGCACUUUUGCAUCGGCGUGAAGGACCUGGCGCCGCUGACGGAGGCGCUGGAAAGUAGGGGGGUGCCGUUCACCGCGAGCAGGAGCGGUCGACCGGCUAUUUUCUUCAGGGACCCGGACUGCAACACGCUGGAGGUGGUGGAGGGGCUCGAAUGGCGGGACAAGAGCAGCCCUCGGUUCGUCGCUCGAUGA